UUAAGUAUAGCGGGAUAUUGAGGGACAACACUUUACCAAGGAAUUGGACAGUUAUACCUGUUUUAGGAAUACAGGAAAUCAUCCAAAGAACUGCUUGGUGAACUCUAAAUAACAGAGGAAAGCUAAUUUUCAAUUGUUUGUAUUUGAGACACCAAUCUUACAUCAUGAAAGGAUCCAGUUCACCAUGGUUCGGAUUAAUGGGAGCCAUUUAUGUGAACUUUCCAGUAGCCCUGCAGUUUGUUAUCAGGUGUAUCUUCAUGAACGAUUGGGCAACUCUAAGAUCAACAAAUGCAACCACUGGGUUGACAGCACAGGAGCAAAGAAUGGGAAUAUUUUAUAUGUGUGACCAAAUUGGAGAAGAUGAACGAGUAUGCCAGUCAACGACCAACAUGCCUUUUCCUCAUUCGUACAAAGCAGCUGGAGCACUGGCUAUCGUUGCUUGCAUAUUGUUGGUUCUUGGCUAUAUCGCUUUCCUAGUCGGUGCAUGCUCAUUGCGUAAACGCCCGAACAUCUUCAGUGGAAAGUACUUUGCUGCAGUAUCAGUUGCUUUGUGGGUAUCAACCUUCAGCAACAUUUUGAGCUAUACCAUAUUUGGUACCUACAUCGAAACCACCUACUAUCAUGUGAGACCAUUUUACGACUCUACGCUAUCACUAGGGGGAUGGUACCAGAUGAUGGCUGGUUCAGCCAGUAGCCUGGUUGUGGCUAUUGUGGUAACUAUUUUUGCGGGAAUGAUGGGAAGGUGUAAAGAAGAAAAAAGCUCUCCGAAUGGACAAACAAAUGCAGCUACUGAAAUGGGAUCUAAAUAUUAAUAUAAUCACAAUAUAGUAACUUUAACCAGAGAUAAUCUCUGACAGAGACUUGAAAAGACAUUUGAGGUAUUACAUCAAAAGAACAUUUCUUGAGAUUUGAGGUACCACAUCCAAUGAACAUUUCUUGACAUUUGAGGUCCUACAUCCAUAGAACAUUUCUUGACAUUUGAGGCACUACAUCCAAUGAACAUUUCUUGACAUUUGAG